UGGGCUUUGCUCCGGUUGGCAGCAGGCCGUGGUGCAGACGGAGAUGGCUGCAAUCACGCAGCGGAGCCCCGGUGGCGGCGGAGGGUUUGCCGGCUGUCAGCGGACGGUGACUCCUUGGUGGCGGCUUGCAGUGCUCCUGUUCUGCGUGUCCUCGCUGCCGACGGCCGCAGCGCUGUUAGAGGGCCUUUACUGCGGCACGGAGGUCUGUUACGAUGUGCUCGGUGUCACCCGGGAGGCCUCCAAAGCUGAGAUCGCUCGGGCUUACCGGCAGCUGGCUCGCCGGUACCACCCUGACCGGUUCCGGCCGGGAGAGCCCGGCACUGAGGGGGAGACCAAGGAGACCGCCCAGAAGAAGUUUCUGCUCAUCGUGACUGCGUACGAGACGUUAAAGGAUGAGGACACCAGGCGGGACUACGACUACAUGCUGGACCAUCCUGAGGAGUACUACCAGCACUACUACGCCUACUACCGCAGACAGCUCACCCCCAAAGUGGACGUGAGGGUGGUGAUCCUGGUCACCAUCUGCGCCAUCUCCAUCUUCCAGUACUACAGCUGGCACAGCAGUUACAACGAGGCCAUUAACUACCUGGUGACGGUCCCCAAGUACCGCAUCCAGGCCACCGAAAUCGCCAAGCAGCAGGGCCUCCUCAAUCGCACCAAGGAGAAGGGCAAGAACCGCCGCUCCAAAGAGGAGAUCCGGGAGCAGGAGGAGGAGGUGAUCCGAGACAUCAUCAAAACCAAAAUCGACAUCAAAGGAGGCUACCAGAAGCCCAACCUGUCGGACAUCCUGCUGUGUCAGAUCGUGCUCUUCCCUUACUACCUGACCAACUACAUCACCUGGUACGCCUCCUGGAUCUACCGCUUCACCAUCUGCAGGGAGGAGUACGGAAACGAGGAGAAGCUUUACAUAAUCAGGAGAUACAUGAAGAUGUCUCAGUCUCAGUUUGACAGUCUGGAUGAACACACCAAACAGUCCUUCCUGGAGAAACAGCUCUGGAUCAAAGAAAACUACGAGGUGUACAAAAAAGAGCAGGAGGAGGAGAUGAAAGUUAAGAUGGCGACCGACCCAAGGAUGAAGAGGUACAGGCGCUGGAUGAAGAACGAGGGGCCGGGCCGGCUGACCUUCAUCGACGACUGACGACCACACACUCCAUCUGCAUCAUAUACAUCUGCCUCAGUGCCAACAUCCACGGACAACACACGCCGUGCUGUGUGGAGAAAUACCUGUACAGAAAGAUUAACUAUGCCUGUUUAUAUAGUGAGAGAUAUUUUCAUAGCAAAUCAGGCCUCAUACAAGGGGAUGACCGAAUGAAAUAAACUGUGAGCCGGA